CUUCUUCUUCGUCUCCUCUCUCUCUCUUUAUACUCUGCUUAGCUUCAGUGAAACCCAACCCAGAAAAAUAUGCAGAGAGCUUCGGUUCUCUGUUCUUCGAACUCUCUUUCCUCGGUACCAUCUGCCAUACCCAGCUCUCAUCGACACGCAAGUACUUCAUUUGGAAUUCGUCCCAAUCCAACGGUUCCAGUUUUCUCACCUCUUCGCCUACCUUCAACUCCUCUUCAACAUCAAAUUCACCGUUUCCACCUCUCUCAUCUGCAAAGCACUGCUACUCAAGAGCACAUAGAAACUGCAGAUCCCGGGUUGGGAUUUGUUGAGGUUGGAUAUAUUUGCAAUGUUCACGGGCUUCAAGGGGAGACUCGUGUGAAACCCAGCACUGACUUUCCUGAAUUGCGCUUUUCCAAGCCUGGGAGGAGAUGGUUGAAACAACAAAAUUCAGGCAGGGAAGUAAUUCAAGAAGUGGAGCUAGAGGAGGGAAGAGGAGGACACCCCGGUCAGAAAAGUUGGAUACUUAAAUUCAGGGGAAUUGAUUCAGUGGAUCAGGCUAAGCAGCUUGUUGGGUCAACUCUACUUGUAAAGGAAGAAGAACGACCGGAUUUGGAGGAAGGAGAAUUCUAUACUCGUGAUCUUGUUGGCAUGAGAGUUCUUCUUAAGGAAACUGGUGAACAUGUAGGAACAGUGGUUAAUAUUUUUGAUAGCGGAGCCAGUGAUCUUCUAGAGGUCAUGCUUGAUCCAUUUUUUAAUGUAGUUGAUGCAACUGGAAAGCAAAAGACAGAAGGAACAAAAGUAUCCGGUCAUCGCGUGUGGGUACCAUUUGUCGAAGCAAUUGUUCCAAUUGUUGACCUGAAGGAAAGAGUAAUGCAGAUAACGCCACCAAAGGGACUCCUUGAACUAAACUUGCGCUAUGACGAGAGGUCCAAGAAAGAAAGGCGCCAGCUUGAAUGGAAAGAACGGAAGAAAAACCAAAAGCGUCUCAUAGCAGCAAAAAAGAAACUAAUUGAACUGGAGCAAAAACAUGUAUUUCAUGGACUAAGAUUUGGAGAGAAAGCACAGCGGAGCUUACUUGCUAAUCAGAUUGAUGGUGUAAAUUCUAAAUUGCUUCAACUGGCGCUGAAAAACAUUGAGACUCCUAAAAGAUUGAAUGUUACCAAGCUAUUCAGUGGUAAAAGAAAAGAGAAAUUUAGUACAUUGGUCAUAUCAGAGGACUGUCUCAAUUCUGCUACAAGUAAAGAGAAGCUGGGUGCACACUUCCCCUUGCAAGAGAAGGGUCUUCAGCUCUUAUCUGAGGGCAAAGUUGCUAUUGUUUUAGUGUUAAAUGACAGAAACACUCAGGGCUUGGCCGAUGACUUGGAUCACGUGAACUCGAAAAUCACUGAGAACUCAUCAGUUUCCCUUCUUCAGACAUUACUUGAUGAUGAGAGAUUCAUAAAGAUGGAAGACCGCUCAUCGGUGCCUUUGAUUUUGGUAUGCCCAACUGGCGAGGUUGAAUUGUUUACAACUCUAUUCGCGGAUAAUGAUCACUUCUCAUUCGACUCUGAAAAGGUCCAGUUUUUAGAGGAAGAGAAACUCCCAAUUGUUAGCAAUUCACCGGAGGAAGUCAAAAGACAUAAAAUUCUGAUGAAAUCACCUUGGGAGAUUCUACAAUCGCCAGUCGGUUCAGGAGGAGCUCUCAGCUUGCUUUCUUCACAAGAUAUCUUAGAUAAUCUUAGCGAACUUGGCGUCGAGUAUAUUAAGAUCUUGAACACCGGUGAAAGAAAUGUUGGUCCGAACCCACUACUUCUUGGGUUUGUUGAAUCACAGAAGGCAGAUAUUGGAAUUCAGCUUCAGAAAGAUGCGAAAGCUUUCGAGGAAAGUUAUAACAUGGUAUUUUUGAUGAACUUCAUGAAGACGCUGACAAAACAGAUGGACAAACUUGAUUUCCAGGCGACCCCUAAACAAAAUUCACAUGUUGAGAUGGUUGAGAAAGAGUGGAUUGAUGUUGUGCCCUCCUCCAACCCCAACUCAUUGGAGUUGUGUUGCUCCAUAUAUAGCUCAAUAAAUGCCUCUUCUUUUGAUAAAGUAUGUGUAAUGGAGAUAACUGAAUAAAUCCUUGAACAAUAGAAAUUUCUGGUUUUUCUACAUGGAAAUAUAAACAUAGAUUCAGAUCUUUGUGCUUAAA